AAGAAUUUAAACAUUUUGAUCAAUUAUAUAUAUUUAUAUGUACUGUACAAUUCUGGUCUAGUUAUUCUCUGUGCAUCCAAAAAGGUCUUGUAUUGAUGUAAAGAAUCAGUGUAUUCUUCUUGGUUGCAAGAAGUUGGAUUGGGUCUGUGAUUUCCCAAGUCCAAAGCAAGCGACUAGUAAACUUCCAAUCCAAGGUUCACAAAACCUUAACAUCACACUUGCAAUUAGGUACAGCACUUGGAAUUCAUAAUGGUUGAACAACAGACGAUCAGUGAAGUUGCUUCUUCUUCCAUGGUAUCUUCUAAAAAAUAUGAUGUUUUCAUAAGCUUUCGAGGUGAGGACACACGCAAGAAUUUCACAAGUCAUCUUUAUGAAGCAUUGAAGCAAAAGAAGAUUGAAACCUACAUAGACUACCACCUUGAAAAGGGAGACGAAAUCUCUACAGCACUCAUUGAAGCCAUUGAAAAUUCUCAUAUAUCUAUUGUCAUUUUCUCAGAGAACUAUGCUUCCUCAAAAUGGUGCUUGAGUGAACUCAGCAAGAUUUUGGAGUGCAAGAAAGAAAAAGGACAGAUAGUGAUACCAGUGUUUUACAACUUAGAUCCAUCCCAUGUGAGGAAGCAGACUGGGAGCUAUGAGCAAGCCUUUGGAAAACAUAAGGGAGAACCCAGAUGCAGCAAAUGGAAAGCUGCUCUCACUGAAGCAGCCAAUUUAGUUGCAUGGGACUCUCAAGCUUAUAGGACUGAAUCUGAACUCCUUAAGGAUAUUGUUGAUGAUGUUUUGGGAAAAUUGGCGCCUAGAUACCCAAACAACCAUAAAGGACUGGUUGGAAUUGGGGAAAAUUAUGAAAAGAUUGAGUCAUUACUAAAAAUUGGGUCAAGUGAAGUUAGAAUCCUGGGAUUAUGGGGCAUGGGUGGCAUAGGUAAGACCACUCUCGCUAGUGCUUUAUAUGACAAACUGUCUCAUGAGUUUGAAGGUCGUUGCUUCCUCACAAAUGUGAGGGAAGAAUCGGAUAAGCAUGGACUCAAAGCCUUACGUAAUAAACUUUUUUCUGAGUUAUUAGAGAUUAAAAAGCCUUGUUUUGAUGUACCCUUUUUAGUAUCCGAUUUUGUUUUGAGUAGGCUUGGACGCAAAAAAGUUUUCAUUGUCUUGGAUGAUGUGGCUACCUCAGAGCAAUUAGAAAAUCUAAUUGAAGAUUUUGAUUUCUUAGGACUUGGAAGUAAGGUGGUUGUUACAACUAGAAAUAAGCAGAUAUUUAGCAAAGUUGAUAAAAUAUAUAAGGUCAAGGAAUUGAGCUUUUAUCACUCUUUUCAACUUUUCUGUUUGACUUCUUUUAGAGAAAAACUGCCUAAACAUGGAUAUGAAGAUGUAUCAAGAAGUGCAAUUUCCUAUUGCAAAGGUAUUCCUUUGGCUUUAAAAGUUCUUGGUGCAAGUCUUCGUUCAAGAAGUAAAGAAGCAUGGGAAUGUGAAUUGAAGAAACUCCAAAAGUUUCCAAAUACGAAAAUUCAUAGUGUAUUAAAAUUAAGUUAUGAUAGCUUAGAUCAUUUUCAGAAGGAAAUAUUUCUAGAUAUUGCAUGCUUCUUCAGAGGAAAACAAAGAGAUCGUGUGACAAGCAUAUUGGAAGCUUUUGAUUUUUCUACGGCAUCAGGGAUAGAAGUACUUUUAGAUAGAGCUCUCAUAACAAUUUCAGAUGACAUUCAGAUAGAAAUGCACGACUUGAUACAAGAAAUGGGUUGGGAAAUUGUUCAUCAAGAAUGUAUCAAAGACCCUGGAAGACGAAGUCGAUUAUGGAAGCAUGAGGAAGUGCAUGAUGUCUUGAAACAAAACAAGGGAACUGAAGUUGUUGAAGGCUUAAUUUUGGAUUUGUCUAAAUUAACUGGGGAUCUAUAUUUAAGCUCUGAUUUUCUUGCACAGAUGAAUAACGUGAGAUUUCUUAAAAUCCAUAGUUGGUGUAGGUUUACCAUAUUUAAUGUGUGCCUCCCUAAAGGUCUUGACUCAUUGUCUUAUAAAUUGAGAUACCUUCACUGGGAUGGAUUUUGUCUUGAGUCACUGCCAUCUAAGUUUCGUGCUGAAGAACUUGUAGAGAUUUGCAUGCGUUGUAGCAAGCUUAAAAAGCUUUGGGAUGGGAUUCAGAAUCUUGUGAAUUUAAAGACAAUUGACCUUUGGGGGUCCCGAGACCUGAUUGAGAUACCGGACUUAUCUAAGGCACAAAAACUUGAAAGUGUUUCUCUUUGUUAUUGUGAAAGCUUGUGCCAACUCCAAGUUCAUUCAAAAUCUCUUGCUUUACUGAACCUAUAUGGUUGUUCAUCACUUAGGGAAUUCUCAGUGACAUCAGAGGAAUUGACAGAAUUGAACUUAGCUUUCACAGCUAUAUCUGCAUUGCCAUCAUCAAUUUGGCAUAAAAGGAAACUUAGAUCUCUUUAUCUAAGAGGUUGUCACAAUCUUGACAAGUUAUCAGAUGAACCAAGAAUAAGAAUAUGUGGUUCUUACAAGCACUCCUUGACAACAUUGGCCUCUAACAUUGAGAGAUUGCUCAUGAACAUCAAAACCCUUUCAACAUUGACAAUGCUUUGGUUAGAUGAUUGUAGGAAACUCGUGUCUUUGCCGAAGCUUCCACCAUCCCUUGAAAAGUUGAGUGCAUGUAACUGCAUUUCUCUGGAUACAGAUAUCACUCAACGACUAGUGUUACAACACAUGUUACAAAGUCGCAUACCAUACUUACGAAGACACUAUCUCAACUGUUAUGACGAAGAAUAUUUCUUCCCAGGAGAUCAUGUGACCAAAGAGUGUGUGUUUCGCACAACAGAGAGUUCAAUAACUAUUCAUUAUCUCCCAACACUUGAAUUGUGUGGUUUCAUUUAUUGCAUCGUUCUUUCAAGGGGACCACUCUUGGAUUGUGAUGUUUCGUGUUCGGUUUAUCAAGAUGGCAUAAGGGUUGGCUGGAUCCAAAGGUUGUUGGAGUACGAAAUUUUAAUUUCAGAUCACGUGGUAUUUUUGUAUCAUGACAUGAGUGAAUUUUACAGAACAAGUGAAGUGUAUGAUGAUUUCAGCAACAUGACAUUUAUAUUUGGAGACAAUGCAGAGAGCAUAAAAGAGUAUGGUGUCUUCCCAGUAUAUGCCUCUGAGUCAGGGUUAAAGGUGUUUGGUAGUAGCAACAUGGAAAUUUUUGAAUAUUUGAAAUGAGUCACAACCAAAACAAUCGGAGUUGGAAUUGGAGGAUUUCACCAUAAAUGAUAAUUGCCUGUGAUUACUUCAUUGGUACAAAACUUCACCCAUUCCUUGAUUGUAGGCUCUUCGUUUGUUGGUUUUUUUUUAAUGAAAUUAGUCCUUCAAAUAUAGAAACUAUCAGUUGGAAAUACCUCUGAUUCUAGAUAAAGCCUAGUUUUUCGCAAUAAGAUUAUGAUAUAAUUAAUAAUUAUGUUGAACAAGUUUUCUUUCGAAAGAAUAUUGAUGGGGAAUGAGCACUUGUUUGUUCAUAGAACCAAAGCAGUGCUAAAAAUCAUUAUUGUUUUGUCGAUCAUUUUCAUGCUUUGAUUAUGCAUUUAUUUAAAUAACUAGAUAUAGACAUGUCUGGUGUUGGUGGUGCUGAUAAAAAGAUAAAUUAUUUAAAUUUCAGGUGAUCGAAAAUUUUGUUGAAAUAUAUUAUUUUAUUAAUUAAUGUGAUAGUUCUAAAUGUGAUUAUUUUUUCAUAAGCCAACAAAAUUGAAGAGAGUAUGAAGGGUAUUUCAAGUACAACCACAUAACGAAGCUGAUAGGAUUUCAAUAUCUUUUAUGCAUAGCUUGAUUUCUCGGUAGUGUUGUUGUUGGACUUUAUAGUUCUCACUUGAUUUAGCAUAGUAGUUUGAUUAAGGGGGAGAAGUUGAAGAAAUUAAAUUUGGAUGCUGCCUUAAUUUGCAAGUUUUCUAGUCAUUUUUAUUACAUCAUAAUAGAAUUAUUUUUAUUCUGAGGAUUGUUGUCAUUAAUGGGAUUGUGGAUCUUGUUAAAUUGUUCUCAUUGUCUUGGAUCAUUUCUAAAGAAGGUGGUCUAUUUCUUUGUGUGAUUGGUCCUUUUACCCUUUCAGGUAUGGAAAACUUACUUAAGAAUACUAGACUGAAAAGAUGUUUAUUUAAGGUUUCUUGUUUAUAAGCGACUCCUUUUAAUCAACUUGUUUUUUUAAUAAAAAGUUGCUCAAUACAAUAAAAAGAACUAGUACAAGUUAAAAUUCAUGUUUUAUCUAACAUGUUUCGAAUCACAUGAUAGGUCAAUGUUACUAUGUUUUGAGUCUGCUAAAGAUUGUUUGCUACAUGCAAACUUAGUGUUGAGA